AUGGGCUUGCUCACUCGGAAUGUGCUUCUGGCGGUGCUGCUCGGACUUGUACUGUUUACUUGUCGGGCAGAUGCGUUCGGAGCAGGGAAUAUCGCCUCGAUCUCUGCUGUCGAAGGCAAGAACUGGCGUCAUGGUGACAUUGAAGACGUCCUCAAGACUAUUGCCUGCAUUCGCCAUCACAAGUGGAGUUCCAUGAUGAUCAAGCGUGUUUACUUCGGAAACUGGCUGCGGGAUUAUUCUCAGGCCAUGGACACAGGAGCUCUGAAGAAGGCUCAGCCAGAGACUAUUCGUGUUCUGGUUUGGCUGCUUUCGUUCCUUGGGUUUGGGUAUGCUACCGCCGAGUUCGAGGUCACCUCGGAGAGGCUCGGUGUCUAUAGACCUGAGGAGCACAUCGACAAUCCCAAGGACUACAAUGACAACGAAGAUGCGAGGAAAUACGAUGCUCGCCUCCGCGGUCCAGUUCGUGAUGUCGAGCUCCAAAUCGACAUGCAAACCGGUAUGAAGAACUAUAUCGCCAAUGGGCAUGGUGACUGGGCCACCUCCGCCGCUUUUGUCAAAUACAGCUUCGAGCGGAGCAUUCAUCACGGUCGGCUCUAUUGCAACGGACAUGGCCUUUUCAAGGGCAAAGAUGAAGACUUGGCUGAAGCUUUGCGAUGCCUCGGGCAGGGUUUGCACACACUUGAAGAUUUUGGAGCCCAUACCAACUAUGUCGAGCUUGUCCUGAGAGAUAUGGGCUACCAUAACGUCUUCCCACACGUAGGCAUGGCCACAGGGAUCAAUCUCCGUGGAAAACAAACAUUCCCUCUCGUCACCGGCACCUUUGGAAUGGUUGACUUCUAUCACUCCGUGCUAGGUGAAGCUACAGACCAUUUCACGCAGAGUGAAAUUAACGAGAUGGAUAACGCUCUUGGGACUGCUCAGCAGGCAGCCCAGUCUUCCAAUCCAUUGACUACCCUGGUAAAAUUGCUUUCCAAGGUGCCGGGCACCAAGGACCUCUGCGAUGAAGCCGAGCGCCUUCAAUCUAGCUCUCAGGCCCAAGCUCGUUCUAAUCAACAAGGAGGAUAUAGCGGCGGCAGUCGUGGAAUUGAUGAUAAUUAUGCUGGAAGCUCACGUGGAGCUGAUGACUGGGACAGCACUCGCGCAUCACAUGCAGGUUUUCCUCAAUCGCAAGGAUACGAUCAGUGGGGCGGACAGCAAGGUCAACAAAUCUGGGGUCAGUCGCAAGGUCAGUGGCAGGGUCACGGCCAACAGCAGAACUACAACUCCCAAGAUCAAUUUUCUGGGGCACAGCAACACUGGAACCAACCUGCCCAUCAAGAUUGGCAGCAACCGGCGCAGCAGCAAAACUGGCAACAACAGCCACAAUCCCAGCAGCAGCAGCAAUUAGCACCGGCUGGCCUUGAAGGCAUGCCGAACUUUGACCCGGCCAAGACCGUUUCUCAAAUCUAUCCCAUCCUUGUCUUCCGUGAUAAGGUAGUGCGAACAAUUAGUUCCAUCAUCGAGAAGAUUCCUGGACUGGAAGCGCUUGUUGACCGAAUCACAGAGACACUCACGGUCUUCAUCUUGUCUUUGCUGGCGCCCUUUGUGCGGCCACUAAUCAACGCAAUGUCGAAAACUUUGCAAACGGGGAGCGAAGGCGUGAUCAACUCAUCAGGAAAGCAUCAGUAUGAGGUUUGGACAGAUCCUCACUGUUCUGACCCAACACAUUCUAUGCUUAGCAAAGAUCACUUCAGCAACCUGCUCAACGAGCCGGCUGGUAAUGUCGCAGCGGAGAUCCUGAAGUACAUUGCCCCGAGAAUUCUCUACGCGUGGGAGCACCCUGACGUUCCAGUGCAACAAGUCCUGCAGGAUGUGGAGAGCAUUUUCCACCAUCCAGCUAUUCGGAACGAGAGGAAUGAGGUGCAUCGCAACAUGUAUAAUGCUGUGAAGAUGUGGGUUGAUUCCCGGUCAGACAGAGGCAGGGGUCUGGAAGCAGUCUUGAGCUCCGAAGCCGUGCGUGAAGGUAAAAAUCACAAGGGAGGUGUCAACGAGCAUGCUCAUAUCAAGCCUCCGGGUAGUCAGACCCAUGGUGGAGGACAACACCAAUCCAGUGCUGGUGGUCUGGGAGGGUUUACAAGCUUUCUUCCUGGUCAGCAGCAGGGAGGAGGAGGGCAUCAAUCCAACUCUGGUGGUCUCGGUUCAUUGGCAAGUUUUCUUCCUGGUCAGCAGCAACAUGGAGGAGGUCAUCAGUCCGGUGGUUUUAGCGCCUUGACAAAUCUUCUCCCUGGCCAGCAACAUGGCAGCAGCGGAGGCCAGAACAGCAGCCCGUUUGGGGCGGUCGGAAACAUGAUCGGAAGCUUUAGCGGGCAAGGUGGGUCUCAUGGCGGAUCGUAUGGCGGAUCUCAUGGCAGUGGCGGAGGUGGAGGUGGGUUUGGGGAUGUUCUCAAUCUUGCUGGCAAGCUACCAAUUCCUGGUGCCUCAAACCUCAGUAAAUAUGGAAAAUUGAUGGGCGGGUUUGGGGGAGGCAAGCGUGGACUCGACGACGACGAGACUGGUGGUUAUGGGGGAAGUGAACUUGGCGGAUCAAGAGAGUUGCAUGAGGCGGCUGCUCACGGCAGUCAGUACGGCAGUGGACUCGAGCCUGGUGCUGCGCCAGCGAGAUCACCUAGUCCCUUGCCUAUACAGCCUCCAUCAGGCUAUGAACAAUAUGGCCAGGGUGUUGGAACCUACGGUCAGGAAGGGCAGAAUUAUCAGUACCAGACGUCCUACCAGGAUCCUUACCAGAGCCAGUAUGGCGGUAAUACUGGAAGCGGAGGAUAUGGAGGGGAAAGCCAGAACUACUACCGCUAG